CACCACCUUGAUAGCGGCCCCGAUGCCUUUCAUGCAGGUUCUAGUUGAGAUCGCCAGGGGUUGCUCGCGAGACGAACCAGCCAUAGGAUGAAGAUGUCACCCAUGGCAAGAACUGCGCCGUGACAUAUAUCAAUUCCUGGCUCCCUUCACCACGUCUUUGCAGCGACGAUACUCAAAACUUACUCAAAGCCAGAAGCAACACCGCCUGCGUUCGAGAUGAGUGCAUAUCCACACCCAACAUCAUGGCCUGCGCCAAACUACAUCGACCCUCCCACGAGAGGGUCACCUUCAUUGUUUGUGGUCAUGAUGGUUAUCGCAACAAUCGUGGUGGCUCUUAGGAUAUAUUCACGCCGUUUUGUGACAAAGUCGCUCGGACUGGACGAUGGAUUUCUCGUGGCAGGCUGGUUUCUGUCCAUCGGAAUGACCUUUGCUGAAUACAAAGCCAUGACUACCUGGGGUUGGGAUCGCCAUAUUUGGGACGUCAACCCGUACAAACUUCCCAAACUGCGGAUCGCAGCUUGGUUGAUCGAGUUCUUCUUCCUCUGGGGCAACGCCUGCACAAAGAUCUCCAUCCUCCUCGUCUACCGGAAGAUUACUUUGGGUAGCCACAACUACUGGUUCGUCAGGUUGACCUGGGCAGCAAUUGGCUUCACCGUCAUCUACACCGUCGGCUUGGGCUUGGAGCUGUUUCUGAUCUGCCGGCCCUUCCCGUCCUACUGGGAAUCCUACAGUCCGACUUACACCAAAAAGUCCACCUGCGGAGACGAGAAACCACCCUUUGUCUUCAGUGCAGCCGCCUCAGUGAUAUCCGAUGUCUACUCGUCGGUGCUGCCCAUGAUGUUGAUCCGGAACCUGAAUCUGUCACGCAAGCAACGGAUAAGCUUGUACGCCUUGUUCUCAGCAGGUCUGGUGACCGCCUUGAUCGGCAUCGGUAGAGCAUAUGUCUUUAUCCACGUCACGACAGACUACCAGCCUAGCCUACACACGCACGACAUCUCGUGGUGGGGCUGGCCCUUGCUCGCCCUUACGGACAUCGAAGCCCAUCUGGCCAUCAUCAUCGCCUCGUUACCGGCAUUGAAAGUCCUUUUCAAACGUCAUCUCGCCUGCCAGUCGUCACAAAACGACAGCUCCACGCUGUCAAAGCCGCAUUCGUUAGGACGCGCUCAUUCGCGCCCAGCCCUGCGCUCGGAAUCUCCCAUCGCUGAGCACAGUAUCACCUCCACACCGCGAUUCAAGCGCUUGUUCCAGAAGGGCAAUACCCCGUGGCGUCUUCAAGCAAAAGAGGACCCGCAACCAACUUCCAGUCACGACCUGGAGAGCCUUCCGGUUGAAAGGGUUGAAACGGGCACCAGCAGGCCUGUUGCUGACGCUCCUCCUUACAUCCACAUUGCGCAACUGCACAGAUGUUAUAGUCCCCAUGAUGUUCCGUGGUGAUCAGCAGGUCUGAUGUUACGAAUGAGCGCUUUUUCAUAUACCUUUGUAUAAAUAUGCAAUACACGUGUACAACAAUCGUCUGUUUGCCGUCAUCAGU